AAGCAGCCAGUGGAAGAGGGAGGGCAGAAGGAAGGAGAGAGAGAGCGCGCGCGCGCGAGAGAGAGAGAGAGCGAGAGAGCGAGGAAGCCGAAGCGGAGCCUGAAGUUUCUGCCUCUACUCAAGCUGCUGUCGACGGGACGAGAAGUUGGACUCACGGCGACGCUGACUGAGCCCCCGCGUGUUGUUAGCCAUCCUCUAAAAGCAGCUACCAUGUCAGAUGCAGACAAGUUUCUGUACGUGGACCGCAACCUGGUCAACAACCCACUGGCCCAGGCUGACUGGGCCUCAAAGAAGCUGGUAUGGGUUCCCUCAGAGCGCCUGGGCUUCGAGGCCGGCUCCGUGAAGGAGGAGCGCGGAGACGAAUGCGUGGUGGAGUUGGCCGACUCUGGGAAGAAGAUCAAGGUGAACAAGGAUGACAUUCAGAAGAUGAACCCGCCCAAGUUCAGCAAGGUGGAGGACAUGGCGGAGCUCACCUGCCUGAACGAGGCCUCUGUGCUGCACAACCUGAAGGAGCGUUACUACUCUGGACUCAUAUAUACGUACUCCGGUCUUUUCUGUGUCGUCAUAAACCCCUACAAGAACCUGCCCAUCUACUCAGAGGAGAUCGUUGAUAUGUACAAGGGCAAGAAGAGGCAUGAGAUGCCGCCUCACAUCUACGCCAUCACUGACACGUCCUACAGAAGCAUGAUGCAGGAUCGUGAAGACCAGUCCAUUCUUUGCACAGGAGAGUCUGGAGCUGGAAAAACUGAGAACACCAAGAAGGUCAUCCAGUAUCUGGCUCACGUCGCCUCGUCUCACAAGACCAAGAAGGAUCAGAACAGCUUGGUCCUGUCACAUGGCGAGCUGGAGAAGCAGCUGCUGCAGGCCAACCCCAUCCUGGAGGCCUUCGGAAACGCCAAGACAGUCAAGAACGACAACUCAUCCAGAUUUGGGAAAUUCAUCAGGAUCAACUUUGACGUCAACGGUUACAUCGUUGGUGCCAAUAUUGAAACUUACCUGCUGGAGAAAUCCAGAGCCAUUCGCCAGGCCAAAGAGGAAAGGACCUUCCAUGUCUUCUACUACUUGCUCACAGGAGCUGGAGACAAACUGCGCAAUGAACUCCUCCUGGAAAACUACAACAACUAUCGUUUCCUUUCCAAUGGAAAUGUCACAAUUCCUGGACAGCAGGACAAGGAUUUGUUUACAGAGACCAUGGAGGCCAUGAAGAUCAUGAGCAUCCCAGAGGACGAGCAGAUCGGCAUGUUGAAGGUGGUGGCUUCUGUCCUGCAGCUCGGCAACAUGAGCUUCAAGAAGGAGCGCCACACUGACCAGGCCUCCAUGCCCGACAACACAGCUGCCCAGAAGGUGUGCCACCUCAUGGGCAUGAACGUCACCGACUUCACCCGGGCCAUCCUGUCCCCCAGGAUCAAAGUGGGCAGAGACUACGUGCAGAAGGCCCAGACCCAGGAGCAAGCAGAGUUUGCUGUGGAGGCCCUGGCCAAGGCCACGUACGAGAGGAUGUUCCGCUGGCUCGUCAUGAGGAUCAACAAAGCCCUGGACAAAACCAAGAGGCAGGGAGCCUCAUUCAUCGGCAUCCUGGACAUCGCUGGCUUUGAGAUCUUUGAGCUGAACUCCUUCGAGCAGCUGUGCAUCAACUACACCAACGAGAAGCUGCAGCAGCUCUUCAACCACACCAUGUUCAUCCUGGAGCAGGAGGAGUACCAGAGGGAGGGCAUCGAGUGGAGCUUCAUCGACUUCGGCCUGGACCUGCAGCCCUGCAUCGAACUGAUCGAGAAGCCUGCCAGUCCCCCAGGUAUUCUGGCUCUGCUGGACGAGGAGUGCUGGUUUCCCAAGGCCACGGACAAAAGCUUUGUGGAGAAGGUGCUGCAAGAGCAGGGAACACACCCCAAGUUCUUCAAGCCCAAGAAACUGAAGGAUGAAGCAGACUUCUGCAUCCUCCACUAUGCUGGAAAGGUUGACUACAAGGCAGAUGAGUGGCUGAUGAAGAACAUGGAUCCCCUGAAUGACAACGUGGCUUCUUUGCUCAACCAGUCCACUGACAAGUUUGUCUCUGAGCUCUGGAAGGAUGUUGAUCACAUCGUAGGUCUGGAUAAGGUAUCUGGCAUGUCCGAGAUGCCCGGAGCCUUUAAGACGCGUAAGGGCAUGUUCCGCACAGUGGGGCAGCUCUACAAGGAGCAGCUGUCCCGGCUCAUGGCCACGUUGAGGAACACCAACCCCAACUUUGUGCGCUGCAUCAUCCCCAACCAUGAGAAAAAGGCAGGAAAACUGGACCCCCACCUGGUUCUGGACCAGCUGAGGUGUAACGGUGUUCUGGAGGGGAUCCGUAUCUGCAGACAGGGCUUCCCCAACCGCAUCGUCUUCCAGGAGUUCAGACAGAGGUAUGAGAUUCUCACUCCCAACGCCAUCCCCAAGGGCUUCAUGGAUGGAAAGCAGGCCUGUUUGCUCAUGAUCAAAAGCCUGGAGCUGGACCCCAACCUGUACCGCAUGGGCCAGAGUAAAGUCUUCUUCAGGGCUGGAGUCCUCGCUCACCUGGAGGAGGAGAGAGACAUGAAGAUCACAGACAUCAUCAUCAGUUUCCAGGCCUGGUGCAGAGGCUACGUAGCUCGCAAAGCUUUUGCCAAGAGACAGCAGCAACUGACUGCAAUGAAGGUGAUCCAGAGGAACUGUGCUGCUUACCUUAAACUCAGGAACUGGCAGUGGUGGAGACUCUUUACCAAGGUGAAGCCUCUGCUGCAGGUCAGCAGGCAGGAGGAGGAGAUGCAGGCCAAAGAUGAGGAACUGAACAAGGUGAAGGAAAAGCAUUUGCAAGCUGAACAUCUGCUCCAAGACAUGGAGACCAAACAUAAGCAGCUGAAUGCUGAGAAGAUGGCCUUGCAGGAGCAGCUCCAAGCGGAAACAGAGCUCUGCGCUGAGGCAGAGGAAAUGAGAGCUCGUUUGGCUGCCAAGAAGCAGGAACUGGAAGAGAUCCUCCACGACCUGGAGGCAAGGGUGGAGGAGGAGGAGGAGCGUGCCUCUCACCUGUCAGCUGAGAAAAAGAAAAUGCAGCAAAAUAUCACAGACCUGGAGCAGCAGCUGGAUGAGGAAGAGGCAGCCAGACAGAAGCUGCAGCUGGAGAAGGUCACCAUGGAGGCCAAGUUGAAGAAGGUUGAAGAGGAUGUGAUGGUUCUUGAUGACCAUAACAACAAGCUAAACAAGGAGAAGAAGCUGUUGGAAGAGAGGAUCUCUGAGUUCACCACCAACCUGGCUGAGGAGGAGGAGAAAUCCAAGAGUCUGCAGAAACUCAAGACCAAACAUGAGGCCAUGAUCACAGACCUGGAGGACCGCCUGCGCAGGGAGGAGAAGCAGCGCCAGGAGCUGGAAAAGAACAGACGCAAACUUGAGGGCGACUUCACUGAGAUACACGACCAGAUUGCGGAGCUGCAGGCCCAGAUCGCUGAGCUCCGUGCCCAACUGGCCAAGAAGGAGGAGGAGCUCCAGGCAGCCUUGGCCCGGAUUGAGGAGGAGGCAGCGCAGAAAAACCUGGCCCAGAAAAAGAUCCGCGAGUUGGAAGCUCAGCUUUCUGAACUGCAGGAGGAUUUGGACCUAGAAAAGCAGGCUCGAGCCAAGGCAGAGAAACACCGCAGGGACCUGGGAGAAGAGCUAGAGGCCCUGAAGACCGAGCUGGAAGACACUCUAGACUCCACAGCCGCUCAGCAAGAGCUCAGGACAAAGCGUGAGACAGAGGUGGCUCAGCUUAAGAAGACAUUGGACGAAGAGGCAAAAACCCACGAACACCAGCUGGCUGAGAUGAGACAGAAGCACGGUCAAGCCUUCGACGAGCUCAACGAGCAGCUGGAGCAGGCCAAGCGGAACAAAGUGUCGAUGGAGAAAGCCAAGCAGGCUCUGGAGUCAGAGAGGAACGAGCUGGCCAUCGAGUUGCAGACACUGAUGCAGGGAAAAGGAGAAUCAGAGCAUCGCAGGAAGAAGGCUGAAGCUCAGGUCCAGGAGCUGCAGCUCAAACAUUCAGAGAGCGAGCGCCAGAGACUGGAGUUGGCUGAGAAACUGACCAAAGUGCAGGCUGAGCUGGAUAACGUCAACAGUGUCCUGAGUGAAGUGGAGGGAAAGUCCAUCAAGGCCACCAAAGACUGCUCUGCUGUGGAGUCUCAGCUGCAGGACGUGCAGGAACUGCUCCAAGAAGAGACGAGACAGAAGCUGUCGCUCAACACACGUCUGCGUCAGCUGGAGGACGACCAGAACAACCUGAAGGAACAGCUGGAGGAGGAAGAAGAGGCCAAGAGGAACGUGGAGAAGCAGCUUCAGGCAGCUCAGGCUCAGCUCGCUGAACUGAAGAAGAAGGUGGAGCAGGACGCCGGCUGUCUGGACUCUGCUGAGGAGGUAAAGAAGAAGCUCCAGAGAGACCUGGAGGGGCUGAACCAGCGGAUGGAGGAGAAAUGUGCAGCCUACGAGAAGCUGGACAAAACCAAGACGCGACUCCAACAGGAGCUGGACGACCUGCUGGUGGACCAGGACCACCUCCGUCAGAUCGUCUCCAACCUGGAGAAAAAGCAGAAGAAGUUUGACCAGAUGCUGGCUGAGGAGAAGAACAUCUCCGCCCGCUACGCAGAGGAGCGUGACCGCGCUGAAGCUGAGGCUCGUGAGAAGGAGACCCGGGCUCUGGCUCUGACACGUGAGCUGGAGUCUCUGAUGGAGAUUAAAGGUGAAAUGGAUCGCAACAGCAAACUGCUGAGGGCUGAAAUGGAAGACCUGGUGUCCUCCAAGGAUGAUGUCGGCAAAAAUGUGCAUGAGCUGGAGAAGGCCAAACGUUCAAUGGAGCAGCAGCUGGAGGAGAUGAAGACGCAGCUGGAGGAGCUGGAGGAUGAGCUGCAGGCCACAGAGGACGCCAAGCUGCGCCUGGAGGUCAACAUGCAGGCCAUGAAGGCCCAGUAUGAGAGGGACCUGGCAGGAAGGGACGAGAUGGGAGAGGAGAAGAAGAGGUCGCUUAUCAAACAGGUGCGAGAGAUGGAGAUGGAGCUGGAGGAUGAGAGGAAGCAGCGAUCUGCAUCUGUGGCCGCUCGCAAGAAGCUGGAGCUGGACUUGAAGGAGCUGGAGGGAGGCAUCGACAUGGCCAACAAGAACCGCGACGAGGCCCUUAGGCAACUGAAGAAACUCCAAGCUCAGAUGAAGGAUCUCGUCCGGGAGCUGGAGGACACUCGCAUGUCCAGAGAGGAGAUCCUGGCCCAGAGCAAAGAGGCCGAGAAGAAGCUGAAGACCAUGGAGGCUGACAUGCUCCAGAUGCAGGAGGAGGUGGCAGCUGCAGAGCGAGUGAAAAGACAGGCCCAGCAGGAGAGAGACGAACUGCAGGAUGAGAUCAACAGCCAGGCCAGCAAGAAUGCUCAGGCUGCAGAGGAGAGGAGACGGCUGGAGGCUCGUAUCGCUCAGCUGGAGGAGGAGCUGGAGGAGGAGCAGUGCAACACAGAGCUGACCAACGACAGGCUGAAGAAAGCCGUGCUGCAGACCGACCAGAUGAACGUGGAGCUGGCAGCGGAGCGCAGCAGCUGUCAGCGCGUGGAGGGCGCUCGUGGUCAGCUGGAGCGUCAGAACAAGGAGCUGAAGCUGAAGCUGCAGGAGCUGGAGGGAACGGUCAAGUCCAAGUACAAGGCCAACAUGGCCGCCCUGGAGGCCAAGAUCGGUCAACUGGAGGAGCAGCUGGACCUGGAGACCAGGGAGCGGCAGGCGGCCACCAAACUGGUGAGACGCACAGAGAAGAAGCUGAAGGAGGUGAUCCUGCAGGUGGACGACGAGAGACGCAACACGGAGCAGUACAAGGACCAGGCCGACAAGCUGAACUCUCGCAUGAAGCAGCUGAAGCGUCAGCUGGAGGAGGCUGAAGAGGAGGCUCAGAGAGCCAACGCCAACCGCAGGAAGCUGCAGAGGGAGCUGGAGGAUGCCACCGAGUCGGCCGACGCCAUGAACCGCGAAGUCGCCAGCCUGAAGAACAAGCUGAGGCGCGGUGACCUGCCCUUCAACGUGCGCCGCGCCAUUCCCCGCGGCGGCAUCGAGAGCGACGAGGAGAGCGAGCCCAAGAGCGAGACCCCCGAACCCAAACCCGAAUAAAGACACGCCACACCCCACAUGCUGACCCAGUAACCAGAGGUUUCCUCCCAGUUUGGUGCUGGGAUUCUUCGAUCUCUUUGACAAUCUAUGCAUUAGUGCGUACACACACACACACACAAACACACACACACACACACACAGAAGCCAGUAAACAGACAAUCACAUGCUGACAAAUACACAAACGUUAUUUUGGGGCCAAAUCUUUCCUUAGCUUUGUUUCAGUCUCUGGGGAAAAAUGAAGAACAUAUUUUUAUAAGCAAAUGUUCCAGUUGUGCAAGUCCUGCUUUAGCUUCUAUUUUUCUAAUGGGCGAGAGAAAACCAAGAUGAAUAAAACCGACAACCUGAACUAUUACUGGAGGGACCAAAGUGAUGUCUCCAUCUACAGAUUUGUAUUUUAUGCACAAGUUUUUAUAACGGUUAAGAAAGAAAUAGCUUUGUGUUUAUUUUCUCGCUGGCGCCUCAGUUUAUAAUGAGGGUUUUUGUGCUAAAGUGUAUCCUGUCAGUUCAGCAUCUGGCGCUUGUGUCGUCGCUUUAAGACGUAACGGCACAAAGUAAUUGAAGGCAGAUUUCAGAUUAGACUCAGUUCUGCGCUUUAGAGCAGACUCUAAACCUCAUGGCUGCCUUAAACACAGCUUCAUUCUACUGAGCAGGGGCGGUGGCUUUGAAUCCAUGUUUAGUGUUUGAUUGGUGGUGGGCUGUUCUCACACUGCUGGGAAGUGAAAGCGUGUGUUAAAGGAAAGCUCGCAGCCAAACUAAACAUGAAAUUAAAAACGGCAUCUCAUCUGUUUUUGUGUAAUGUUUCUGUCUGCAUCUUUGGAAUCAUGUUGUGAAAUGUUGGUAUUAUUACAAUAAAGAGGCCUUUUAAACAGC